UCCAACUGUCCGUCCGACGGAUGGACUUUGACAUUUUAGGAUUGAAAUUUAUUUAUAUUCACAUACAUAUAUUAAAAACAUUAAGCUGACAUUUUUAGCCGUUCAGCUUUUGGUCACUUUAAAACAGUGGCGCUUUAAAUGAAUAUCGCUUUGAUAAGUAAAAAGUUAUCUUUGCUUCUAGUUCAGCUCUAAAAGGAUAACAACCAUGGAUUACUUCAUUAGCAAGCAAAUUCAAAAAAACUACUACUUUGAAGACUCUAUUGCCUACACAGAAGACCACAUUAAAGUGCAGAAACUAAGUUGGUGCGAUGCCCCAAGGGAGAGUUUAAAUAAGAGCUCGAUACAAGCAUACUUUGAAAGCUUUGGGCGCGUGUUACAAAUCCAGAUAUUGGAGCCCUUAGGGGAAUCAUCCUUGUUUGGAAGUGGAUUCGUUAUUUUUGACAACGCCAAGGAUGCAGCCAGUGCCCUGCUUCAACAUCACCAGUUUCUAAAUAGAAUGCCGUUUCUGAUUCAUGCCAGCGAUAGUUGGGAGCAGCCGGAUGCCUACGGAUCCUCGGAGGAACUGCUGAAUCACCAGGGACUAACGCCCAUUUUUUGCCUUAAUGACCACUGUUUGGAGCUGAUUAUGAUGGAACUGGAUUUGCAGGAUCAGGUGCACUUUGCUAGAGCCUGCCCGCGUUUUAGGGCUUUCUACCAGGAAGCCAUCUCCAGAAAGUACACCACUGUCGAUUUGAGUUUGUUCGAGGAAAUGACCGUUUGGGAUAUGCGCGACUUCUUUCAACUGUGCGGUGCACAUGUGCAGGUCCUACGCGGUUAUUGCGAAACGAUUCAUUUGGAGCGUUUGGCCGAUUUCAUUAGACAUUAUUGCUGUAAUCUUAGGUCCGCGUUUUUGUCGGAUUUCCCGCAAUUUGGGCUUCACAUGCACAAGAUUUUCGCCAAGACUUUCCAACUGGUGGAGUUGCGGCUAGAGAACUCAGAUGUCACCGACGAAGAUCUUUUGAUGCUGCAACAUCUAACCAAUCUGAAGAUAUUGAACUUGAGCUGCAACCCAAUCGCGGGAUACAGCUUGGAUGCGCUACCUGUUUCAAUCGAGGUUUUGGGACUUGACGACUGUGUGAAUUUAGACGCCAGGCUCCUGCUUCAAAUGUGCAAGCGUUUAACUAAACUAAAAGAGCUCAGCAUAAGGAACAUAAAAGUAUAUGCAUCAGGUAAGAAAACCUUCAAAAGCUUGGUGAAUAAGAAUUUUUGCCCAACGCUGGAGGUGCUCCAAAUCCCGAGUUUCAGCGGAUUUGAGUACGUCGCUCAGCUGCCCAAACUAAAGCACCUAACCAUCUAUGUUAACAUGCUGAGUCGUCAAAAAAAAUUUGCAAAACUCUUUGAUCAGUUGAAGCACAAGACAAGCCAUCUAGAAAGAUUGGAAAUAGUGGAUAGUCCCUUUUGGCGAUGGAAAACAAAGCACCUUAUAAAAAUCACCAAGCUUAGUGGGCUCCGCGUCCUUAUUAUUUCCGACUUUACCCUGUCCGAUGAAGUACUGACGCAUCUUGCAAAUCUUAAGAAAUUGGAACAGAUCCAUUUUAAGAGCAGGAGCUCAUUUGACUCUAUGUUCGUGCAUGUGUUUCGUGCGUGCGCCAGAUUAUACUACCUGCGGCUAGACUACUGCAAGCAGAUAAACGUUAAGCUGGUGCUUGCCAUUGUCAACCAAGUGCGUGAGGAGAUCGCAAACCAUGAUAUGCAGAGAAGGCUUCCCAUUGAAUUGUGGUCAUCUAUGGACAUCGCACAAAUUAAAGAGCUUAUUCUGACAAGUCCUGAUCUAUUGCCUGGAAACAUCAUCCAAAUGAAAACCAUACCCAACCCGGUGGAUGGCUUUAAUAUUGACCAUUUAAUGGAUUCGGAAUCUUCAAGCGAUUUUGAUGAAUUCGAUUAACAUACUAUAUUCAUGUUAAGCUAUGCGCGUGUUCUGUGCAAGUGAGUAGCGUAGCUGUUUGGGCAAGGAUCAAGGCUUAAGGAAUAACGAGGCCUAAACUACGAUCAUUAUUUAAUAACACG